CAUCGUGCUGGGUGGUAUGACACCUCUGUAUUUCCACAUUGUCAACGUGUGUUUGCACUGCACCGUAACCUGCCUGCUGAUGCACGUAUGCCAGUGCCACGUGUUUGAAAACCGCCGCCUGGCCUUCGUCACGGCGCUCCUCUUCACCGUGCACCCUGUCCACACCGAGGCUGUGUCUGGUAUCGUGGGUAGAGCUGAUGUGUUGGCCUGUCUGCUGUUUUUGCUGACAUUCCUCUCCUAUAUUAGGAGUGUGAGUGGGCGUGUCUCUGAGGACUCGCUGGCCUUCACGGUGUCGUCAUCUUCGCUCUUCCUCAGUUUGCUGCUGGGCACCUGCGCCAUGCUGGUGAAAGAGACAGGCAUCACCGUGUUUGGAGUGUGCUUGCUCUAUGAUGCCCUGGUGCUUUGCCGCAAGCCUCUCAUGUAGUAAGGACACAGGCUCUUCCUUUCUUCCUCUUUAUUUUUUCCCCAUCUUCUUUUAUCUGGCCAACAUGUUGCUGAACGUGGGCAUCGUUUUUCAGCAAAUUCUAACACCUGUGAGCUACCACUACAACCAUAAAGAAUUUGUUUGUUAGCAGACAAAAUGAGCUUUUUCAGGCACCAUGCGCAUA